AGAAUAAAAACAAUGUUCUCAACAAAAAUCAAGCAGGAUGAAAAAGUUUUUCAAAGUUGUUCCCACUGCUAGUAAUCCUCUUGGAGGCGGGGUAAAUAAUGCCCAAUCACCUGCAGCAGCAAAACCAUCUGCUACCUCCAUUGAAAAAAUUCAAAAGUUGAAGGGGAAUGUGGGUGAUAGGGAGAAAAAGAAAAGAAAGAUUGGUUUGGACAAUGACAUAUUUGAUGCAGAUACAACCAUGGAGGAUUGCCCAGAGGACACUGCAUCUCCUGCUGAAGAAAUUGUGAUAUCAGAUGAUGAAGUUGUGAUAUCAGAUAAUGAUACUGACAAUGAUAUCAGAGGAAAGUUGGUUUGGGCUAAGCUGAAAGGUUUCCCAUGGUGGCCGGCCGUGGUGUGUGAUGAUCCAGAUUCCAACAGAUACAUCAGGACUAACAAAGCAGGCGUUGAGAAGACUCAUGUUCAGUUCUUUGACAUACCUCCUUCACGGGCUUGGGUUCCUGCCAAGUAUUGUAAAGACUACCAAGGUUCCAAAAAAGAUAAAAAGUUCCUAGAAGAGGACCCCGAGCAAGAAAAGGCAUCCAAAGAGGCUGAUACGUAUCUAGAUAAAAGUUUGUCUGCUAGACUUGAGCUGCUCCUUGUAACCAAUAUCGAAAAUAAGGAGAAUGUGGAGAGUGUGAAUAUCAACAAGGAGAAUUCUGCCGAAGAAGAAAAGAAGGAGCCUGUUGAGAAGAGAAACACGGAUUCCAGCAAGAGGGCUCAAAUGAAACGCAAAAAUGAGGAGGAGGACGAUGAUGAAGAAGACUUGAAACAAAAGAUUGUGCAGCCGAAAAAGAGAGCUAAGAAAACGGUUAUCAACUCUGAUUCUGAGAGUGAUUACAAACCAGAAGAUGACGAAGAAGACCAGGAAAGUUCAGGUGUUGAGGAAGAACAGCUCUCUCCUAAAACUCCGAAAAGCAAGCCCCAUUCCAGUCACGGAUCAGCUGAUUCUAAAACUCCACUUUCAGUACGGACCCCUGUGACCCCCAGGACCCCUGUUACUCCCAGAACUCCAAUUACUCCAGCAUUUAACUCUAGUAAGGCUGCCGCUAAUCUGGCAAAGUUUUCAAGAACACCCAGCAGUGCUAAAUCAAAGGUCGGGGAGCCGACUCAGUACUUACACCAUACGUUGAAGUGGCUCAAACCAGACAAUAUUAAGGAUGGAGCUAAAAAGACACCUGGACAUGAGGAUUAUAACCCGAGAACUCUCCACGUGCCACCAGACUUCCUCAGUAAAUGUAGUCCUGGCAUGAGGCAGUGGUGGGAGAUCAAGAGCAAACAUUUUGAUCUGAUUUUGUUUUUCAAAGUUGGCAAGUUCUACGAGUUGUACCACAUGGAUGCUGAGAUAUCCGUUAAAGAACUAGGCUUAAUCUACAUGAAGGGGGCCUUCGCUCACUGCGGCUUUCCUGAGAAGGCUUUUGGGAGAUACUCAGAAACAUUGGUCCAGAAAGGCUUCAGAGUGGCCCGCAUUGAGCAAACCUCGCGACCAGCCGAGAUGAAAGGGAAGCCAGUGACCAGGGAGGUCUGUGCUGUUAUAACGAAAGGAACGAAGACUCACAGCGUUUUGGAAGGUCAGUCUCCGGAGGUGCAGAACUGUUACUUGAUGGGGGUGUGUGAGGGGGAGGGGGAGUAUGGUGUGUGCCUGAUAGAUACUUCUGUCGGGGUCUUCACUCUGUCACAGUUCACUGACGACAGACACAGUUCCAGACUACGGACACUCAUAUCUCACUACAACAUCGUUCAGGUUCUCUAUCCACGAAGAGAGAUAUCAGACAAGCUGCAGAACGUUCUGAAGAUGGAGCUGGGACAAGCUCUUCAGGAACCACUAACUAAAGAAAAGGAGUUCUGGGGUGCUAACAAGACACUGAAUCAGCUAGCCUCGGGAAAAUACUUUGUGGAGGAGGGGCAGGAUGAUGCUGUGUGGCCGCAACUCUUCUCCGAGAUCACAGUGGGUGAAGAAAGAAGCUUUAACGCGGAACCCAAAGAAGAGUACUCCCUGGCUGUGUCGUCCCUGGGAGGCUGUAUCUGUUACCUGCAGAAGUGCCUGAUAGAGCGACCCUUGUUGGCUCUCAAGCAGUUCCAGUUGUUUGCUCCUGAGCAGUUUCAUGUGCGAAGUGGUGGCAACAAGUUCCCGUCUGAGAAUCAAAAGCUGGUUUUAGACAACAUUUCCAUCGCUAACUUAGAGAUCUUGUGCACGAGUGAGGGUAAGCAGGAAGGCUCGCUGCUAAGUAUACUGGACAGGUGUGUCACUGCAGCAGGGAAAAGGUUGUUGAGACAGUGGGUUUGUGCUCCGCUCUGUAAUCCUGCCCAAAUAAAUCGCAGGUUAGAUGCCAUAGACAAUCUGCUAGCGCAUCCCGGCAAAGUGAAGCAAGUCCAGGGUGCUCUGAAGAAAGUUCCCGACUUGGAGCGACUUCUUCGCAAGAUACACGCGCAGGGUGUAAAGAUGCCGAGGGAACAUCCCGAUUCUAGAGCCGUAUUCUUUGAUGCUGAGAUUUAUAGCAAGAAGAAAGUGGUCGAUCUUGUCAACUCGCUUGACGGUUUUGCAAAGCUGAUGAGUAUGAUGAAACUGUUCGAAGACGUCCAGUUUACUUCAGACUUGCUCAAAGAAAUAGCUGAAAUCGACGCUGAAAAGGGAUUCCCAGAUCUUACUGACUUAUUGAAGUUUUACCAGAACUGUUUCGACAAAGAAGAAGCUUUAAAGAAGGGUAUUAUAAUUCCCAAGGAGGGGGUCAACGAGGAUUUUGAUCAGGUUGCAUCUGAGAUUGAGGCCAUUGAGCAAGAAUUUGAGACUUGUCUACGAAAGUACAAAUCUCAACUCCAGUGUAACCUAAGCUUCUUCGGGACAGCUAAAAACAGGUUCCAGACAGAAGUCCCAGACUCAGCCAGUAAGAGGGUGCCAUCAUCUUGGGAAGUACAGUCUCAGAGGAAGGGAUUCGUCAGAUACUACUUUCCCGAAGCAAAGCAGCUUAAAGUGGACCUGGAAAAAGCUGAGAUCAGGAAAGAAGAGGCCCUAAGGGAUACAAUGAGGGUGCUCUUCCACAAGUUCUCCAAACACUAUGACAUGUGGAGCAGAGCUGUGAAGUGUAGCGCACUGCUUGACGUGUUACUGUCGCUGGCACUGUACAGCUCCUCUCACGAGACGAUAAGACCGGAGAUAGUUGUCUCGGAAGAACCAUUUCUUAAGAUAGAAGACGGUAGUCACCCCACUCUGAUGCCCUCUUUCUCCCCUGGGGAGUUUAUCCCUAACGACACAACCCUGGGAGGUGACCAGAAACUCUGUCUGGUAGUUACGGGCCCGAACAUGGGUGGCAAGUCCACUCUGAUGAGACAAGUUGGUCUCCUGGUGAUCCUGGCUCAGAUGGGGUGUCGUGUUCCCGCUGCCAGCAUGUCAUUUUCUCCUGUUGACAGAAUAUUCACCAGACUGGGCGCUUCCGAUAAUAUCGUCAGAGGGGAGAGCACAUUCUUCGUUGAGUUAUCGGAAACAAGUACAAUCCUAACCCACGCUUCAAGACAUUCUUUAGUGCUCCUGGAUGAGCUGGGUCGAGGAACUGCUACAUACGAUGGAACAGCAAUAGCGGGGAGUGUUAUUGAGAAUAUCAGUCAGGAAAUCCAGAGCAGAACCCUCUUUUCUACUCACUAUCACAGGUUGGUAGAUGAGCUGGGAGAGAAAGGUGAGGUGACGUUAGGUCACAUGAGCUGUAUGAACAACAGUGAGGAGGACGAACAGGACAUCACAUUCCUUUACAAACUCUCUCCGGGGUCUUGUCCGAAGAGUUUUGGAUUUAACGCCGCCCGACUCGCUGGAAUUCCGGAACCAGUCAUUACGGAUGCUCUCAAGAUCUCCACUCAGUUUGAGAGACUGUCAGAUAGGUUCCACAUCUUUGGGAAGCUGCUCAAACCUAUAUCAGAUCUAGAUCAAUUGUGCUCGAGAUUGGAAACUGUUCUUUCCUCUUAAACUAUUGCAGCAAAUUUCAGAACUCUACUUUUUAAAGAUUUGAAUUUCUUGCACUUCAUACCACUAUCAUGUAUUUUACGAUUUUUAUUUAUCAUUAUAAAUUAUAUUUUAUUGAGUUUAAGCUCGAUUCACUUUUUAGUACUCAGUUUUUUACAAAUGGCUAAAAAAUUACGAUGGCAACGAUACAUUUUUUAUUUGGAAUUUAAGUGUUUAGAUCACUAGUUGAAUCUUGUAUCAACGAUCAUGGAUCAACAUUUCAUAAAAGUAUUAGUUUGUCAACUUGAUUAGAUUUUUGCAUUUAGAAUUUUUUAAAAGUGGACUUUAUUCGGCGAUAAGUAAACUACAUGAUGUUUUAACCUAUCAAAAUUUGUAUUAAACUAAAUUCAGUUGGUCGCCACGCCAUUUUAUAACAGUGAACAGUAAAUUAAUAAUUCAUUUGUAUGUUGUAAUAUUAAUAUUCUUAAUCAUAAUUGAUCGAUAUGUUUAACUUUAAGAGAAAA